AUGGAGCACAGUUUAGUAGUCUCAUUUACAGGAGUACUGGUACCACAACUACGCAAUGAGACAUAUUUAGAUAUCAAUCAAAAUGUUGAAUCUUGGAUUGCAUCUAUUCAUGGCACUUCUAUAUUUCUCGGUGCAUUAAUAACACCAUUCAUAAUGUAUAGAUAUGGCAGAAGGAAGGCUAACCUCAUCAAUGCUAUUAUAAUGAUUGUGGGUUGGCUCUGCGUAAUGUUAGCUCCCGGAACCAACAUGAUCUUAUUUGGGAGAUUUAUCCAAGGCAUUGCACUUGGUAUUUCCAGCUUAUCUUCUGCAAUGCUAGUGGGCGAAUACACAUCGCCGAAAUACCGAGGGGCAUUCUUAACAGCAAUGACUUUAACAAUUUCAAUUGGGAACUUAAUAAUCCAUACAUUAGGGUCCUUUCUUCCUUGGCGUACAACAGCUAUGAUUUGCUUGGGUAUCACAAUAGUUGAUUUGAUUGUAAUUAUAAUAUCUCCUGAGUCUCCUGUAUUCUUGGCUGCGCGAGGCAGGGAAAUAGCUGAAAGCGACAGGUUUCAUGAAAGGCUGAAUAAACCAGACAUUUCCAUGAUUUGCCAUACUUGGACAUUGGAGAGGCUUCAAGGGGAUCGAUUGUUGGACAG